AUGACAGAUGAGUUUCUGUUUCAAGACAAUAAGAACCAUACUGUCUGUAUAAAUCCAACAAAAGGAACUUUAAACGAGAAACCUAUAAAUGAACUUUCUUUGAAAGCAGAUGUUGACAACAAAGCUGACAAAGAAUAUGUAGACGAUGCAAUAGCAAAAGAAGAAGAAAGAGCUAACAAUGCUUAUGCAACAAAAGAACAUACUCAUCCUGAACUAGCAGACAAAACAUAUGUUGACAAUAAAAUGUCAAGUGAAGUGACAAGAGCUGAAAACGAAUAUUCUAAAAAGACUCAUAUACAUUAUAUUAACCAAAUACCAAGUCUUAAGGAUGGGCACUCAUAG